AUGGCGACUGCACCAUCAAAUUUGAGGACACAAUUCAAGACAGAACUGACUUGUGGCAUCUGCCUGGAGCUGUUCACCAGGCCCAAGGAAACAAGUUUAACAAUCCAGCCCUUGAUCAAUGAGGGAAGAAACAUCAUGGAAAGUUACUUAAGCUUCCUUAGAAGUCUGAGGGAAGAAGAGAAAAACUUGGAUGAAAAGAAGAAGCAGACAGACAGCAGCAUCAUUCAGGCCUACAACCAAAUGGUAGAGAAACUCAUAAAGCGAAGAGACCACCUCUUGGCUGAAUUAGACGAAAACCACACCAAAAACUUGCUCAGAAUACAGAUUGAAAGGGAGACAGUGUUGGCAGAUAUCAAUGAACUGUCUGCUGCCUGUGAUCAAGCAGAACAAGAACUGCAGCAGGGAUUGGAGGAGUUUUUCAUUCUGCAAACCACUUUGAAAGACGUGGUGGGAAAGUACAGACAAAAAGCCACACCAACUCCUGUACAAACCCAGCCUGCUGUCUUUCAGCCAACAGACACCCCUGUGCCAGUACUGGGACAUGUGAUGGCCCAGUCUCUCCCAUCUGCACCAAUCCUAGCAGCACCUGCAUCUAGUAUUGAAUAUGCAGCAAGGGGCACAGGUCAUCAGCCUCAGAAGAUGACAUUCGGUGGAGAGGGAUCAGAAACAGGACAGUUCAUGGAUCCAUGCAGUGUUACAGUGUCAGAUGAAGGGGUGGUCAUUGUAGCAGACUAUCGGAACCAGAGGAUCCAAGGCUUCACCCUGCAGGGAACGUUUAUUGGCCAGUUCCCAACAGUCGUGUCAGAGGAACAGAAAAUGGGCCCAAAUGAUGUGGCCAUGGACGGGAAGGGAAACCUGUGGGUGGUGGGGGGUACAUUAAACUCUGACUUUGCUGUGCAGUACAGCAAACAGGGCAGGGUGUUGAGAAAGUUUGAUCUACAGACGUCAGGGUGGGUGAGGGGAGUUGCCGUGGACACAACAAGGAACCACAUCCUCAUCACACAUACCACUGGAGACUGGUGCCCACAAGGUGAAGUGCAGGUGUUCAGGCCAGAUGGAACACUUGUGGGAACUGUGGGUCGGCAGCAGGGAAUGGAGCACCCACAGUACAUCACUGUGGAUGGGGAGGGGAACAUUCUUGUGUCAGAUUGGGGCAAUAACUGUGUCUAUGUGUACAAUGAGGACGGACAGUUUUUGUUCCAGUUUGGAGGUGAGGGAAGUGGUACCGGUCAGCUGAACAGUCCCAGAGGCAUCUGUAUAGACAGGGCAGCAAACAUCAUCGUGGCAGACAUGAGAAACAGCCGUGUGGAGAUGUUUGACAAGACAGGAAAAUUCCUCAAGCACAUCACUACAGAUAUGAAAGGGCCAAGAGCUGUUGCCAUGGCAACACAGGGACAGAUAGUAAUAACUGACUAUUAUGACAACAAAGUCAGCAUAUUUCAGAACUUUUGAAUCUAAGUGUGGUGGUAAUCAAACUUAACCAAUCUGAAAGAAUAUCAGUUUACAAACUUUGUUGUUGUCUAAAGCUUGCUGCUAUAUUCAGUUUUUCAAAGCUGAAUUCUGUUGCUUUGA